CGCACUGUGCGCUCCAAUGGAGCCCGCCGGGGCAGAGAAAAGCACACAGUCCGCGCUGUUAUUGCCGGUAGCUGGGUAGCGAGCAACCAGCCCGGCGGGGACGCACGGCCAAUGGCGGAGCGGGCGCCGCUACAAAGAGGCCGGGCGGCGGCGGAGCAGCCUCGGCGGCCGUGCCAUGGCGGAGGAGGAGGGGCGGAGCGCUGCGCGUUGGGUGCUGGAGCUGCAGGAGCGGCUGCGCUGUGCGCGGGAGCCUGUGGAGAUUAUAAAAACACUUAAGGUACUACAAGGUUUGGAUUUAUCACUGGAUAUUUUAGUGGAAACUGGCAUAGACAAAACAGUUAACAGUUUUAAGGAACAUGACACUGCUGGGAGUGUAGCUAAAAGUCUGUUAAAAGAAUGGAAAAAGCUUAUUUCUCCAGAAAGUAAAAGUGAUCACAGGGGAAGAAAAAAGGAUGAAAAUGGAAAAUGUGAGAUGAGAUCUUCUGUUUCCAAGGAAAUUAAGUCUUCAGAGAAUCCUGAAACAUCUGUACUGGCCUUUAGAAGUUCUAGUAGUGCUCCCAUUUCUACAAAGUUGAAUAAGAAGCGUAUGUGUAGUGAAAAGACCCAUCAAAGUACAAAUUCUGAGUCUCCAAAAGAAUGUGAUAAAGAAUGUAGCAGCAGUGGUUCUAACCAUGCUUCCCAGGGUUCCAAUUCUCAGGCUAAAGAAAGUGAGUUCAAAGAGAGCAAGAAAAUUUCAGAAAAGCAGCAUUCCUCUGCAGCCAAUGAAGGCUUAUUACCCCUGAAGGAAAAGCCUAGUAAGGAUGCUUCCAAACGAAGAAAUCCUAAACAUAAAAAGAAACCAAAACAAAAUCUUUUCAUGAAAGACCAAGCCAAAUCAUCUAGUGAGGAGGAAUUUGAACCCCCUACUAUGUCUUUUGAAUCUUAUCUUACUUAUGAUGAGGUUACCAACAAAAGAAAGAGAAAGGCUUGUUCUACAGGUGCGCGGCCAAAAAAGUGCCCUGAACAGAAGUACAGCUCAUUACCACAAAAGACUUCAAAACUUUCUCAGGAAAAGGAGGGAGUUGAAUAUGUCAAAAAAUGUGGGAGUGAUCAAUCAGAAACUCCCAGUAAAAAGGCCAAAGUGGCAUCUCUCCAAGAGCUUCUUAAUACUCCACUACCUAAAAUUCUGCCAGGUAUCUCAGAAUCAUCUCUCCUGUGUGCUGCAGACUUUACAGCAUCUGCAGCACCUGUUGUAGAGGCACCCCAGCAAGUCAGUGAGAUAGUUCAAUUCACAGGACAGAGACUGAACUCUAAAAUGCAGGUUUACUCUGGCUCUAAGGCAGUCUGCCUUUCGAAGAUGCUUACGCUGCAUGAGCUGUGUGUCCGUGUGCUUCACAACAAUAUUGAGUUGCUACAAGAAGCAAGAGAUGUGCCCUUUGAAAUUCUUGAGCCUGUACUAACACGUUGUACACCAGAGCAGCUGUUUCGAGUAGAGAAAUGUAAUCUGAUGUUUAUAAAAGAGACUGACCACUUGUGGAAGAAACAUUGCCAAAGAGACUUCAAAAAUGAGAGCCUUCCGGAAUAUGAGUCUUGGCGUGAAAUGUACUGGAGUCUGUUUAAUCAGAGAGAAGAAAAACUGAAGAUCCUUACAAAAAGUAUUCUUUCAGCUCAGUCUGAGAAACCAAAAGGCAGGCAAGUAAAAUUGGCUUAUGUGAGUGGUGCAGCAAAACCAGCUAGGAACAUUUACCGACAGCAAGAAAUCCAUUGGCCAGCAGGAUCUGUCAUCCAGCUUCAUCCCACAGAAAAGUGCAAAACAGGAAAUCCGGAAAUAAGAGACAGAAAUAACACAUUAUCAAAUCUGUUACUUGCUGGCAACAGUAGAAGUUCUAGCUCAGGUGUUGUGAUUCAAAAUGGAAAGAAGCCUACCAAAAAAAUAGCACCAAUCAUGAAGAAAACUUUGAAAUCGCUGAGGAGUUGGACAAUGAUCAAAUGAGGCUGUGUAUUUGAAGUUUAUUUGAUGUGACUUUGUGUGUAUUAUGCUACAGUGAAUGGAAGUAAUGUUCAUGUAAGCACUGUUCAAUUUGCUUUAGUUAAAUAGUUCUGAAAAAUUGCAUGGGUGAAUAAUUAGCAAUAAAUACUGAAACCUGCAA